UCAGGUAGGUGCCCCGGGCGACCCAGAACGACCCCGCGCUCCGAUCUGUGGCCCAGUGCGCGGACGUCUGCUUUGGCCCUCGGCAUCAGCCUGUCACCAGCCGCCUCGUGCAGCACCGCCUGCCCGGCCAACGUGAAGCUAGUUAAUAUGGUCCGACUGACACCUCUCCUACUGGGUCUCGGCCUGGCCGCCGGGAAAACGAUCACGCCUUCCCAGACAUCAGCCAUCGCCACCGCCGCCACCAAGGGGGCCAAAACGCUGCAGACGCCGACCCAGAACCGACAGGGCGCCGUCCGCUUCCCAGCCGUGCCGGCUGACCGGCAGGCGUUCCAGCAGCUGCAGAAGGUGUACCAGAGCCUGCCAACCAACGUCAAGAGCCAGGCCGCGUCGCCGGUGACGCCGAUCAACAGGGACGGGGGACACCACCACUCCAGCUCCUCCGGCUAUGUGCAGCCGAGCCAUGGCUACAGCCAGCCCAGCGUCGGCUACAGUCAGUCUAGCUACGAUGACUCUGACAGCUACGGCUACACGGAGGCGCAGUCGUACAGCAGCGGCGGCGGCCUGCUGGACAACCUGGGCAAGUACGGCGCCAUCAUCAUCCCGAUCCUGCUGGUCAUCGGGCUGUUGUUCCUGUUCCCAUCUGUGGUCAACGUCUCUGGCACCCGGCGACGACGCGCCGCGGCUCCCGUGGAUGACCUGGAUGAUCCGUCCGAUGACCUAGUGUACCGCCUGAGAACCAUCUACGAAUCUAUCAGCGAGGACCCGCUGUGCACCAGCCGGCUGUUCUGCGAGCUGGGCUCGGUGGUCGGCGACACGCCCUACACUGAACGCAUCCUCAAGUAUAUCGGCGUGUUCUACCCCAGCAAAAGCACCAAUAUGCUGGUGAUGAGGAAAGCGGCGCUCGCAGACGAUCCCAAGUGCCAGCUGUUGGCGUGUGCGGCCUGGGAAGAUGAGUAGGAGACGAGCGGUUGACCUUCCAACCUUGCGUGGAAGGCAGCAGGCGGGCGACACUGGCUCGACGCCGCGGUGCGAGUAGAGGAGGGAGUUGCGGUGUAGUUCAGCUUGACGGUACGCGUAAAUACUCAUUCGCUGCGCUCCCCGUGCUCCCAACGGCUAAGACGUGACUUCCCACAGUCCCACACAUUUCCACA